AUGAACAUCGAAACCACGCCGAAGCCCAUCAAGCACGGCAAUCGCAUAACCGAAAAAACUCCAAAAAUUCUCAAAGAUAACAAGUUGUUAUGCUACAUGUGUACGAGCGAAGAGGAGUGUUCCCUCGGUGGAACCUUGGCCACCUGUGAGUCGGAAGAUACAAGCUGCGAGACGCACUAUCCAAGUUCCCUGAAAGAUCGAUACAGAGUGACCUGCUAUACAUGCGCUAGUGAACCAGCUUGCCAACGGGGUGGCGUGCGAACAAUCUGCGACAAUCACGAAGGAUGUGUGGUCGUCUACACAGACUCUUCAAUGGAAAACACCACAGCGAAGUCGUGUUCCAGCAACGCUCUCCAUAAUGAGUGCAAAGAGGAGCAGACUCCAGCCGGUAACUUCGUGUGCUAUUGCAUCGGAGACAAAUGCAACAAAAAAAAUGUUCCAGAUUUUGCGAAAAGACUCAAGAAGUCCAAUCAGCAAACUGCCCACGAAAGUAUGAUGCUAGAAGAAAAGCAGAACUCGGACAUGGACAUCAUGGCGAAAAAAUUCAAGAAAUCUCCACGAACAGAUAACACAUUUCUCAACGUCCGGCCUCGGGCAAUCAGCGCUUGGCAACACAACGAAACUAUGACAACACCCUUUCAGGUGUUCCCGAGUAUCUUUAAAAUGAUGCAACGACGCAUCAGUACAUCAACAGACGGUUUCGAUGAGAAUAAUCUAGCGAUGUACACAACAAUUUCGAACGCACCCGCACUCAAAGUUCCAGCAAAAGAGGUCGGAAGAACACUUCCGGAAAAAAAUACUCAAGACACGGAUUUCCUCGACAGUUACGAUCAUCGAUCAGAUUUUCUUCAACAAUUGCGUGAUCUGGAAAUGGCCAAUGGAACAUUUCAAUUGUGAGUCUCUGUCGACAAUUUUCAAAUUUCCACCGGAAUACACUCGAAAACUCGACUAAACAAAAAGAGGACAACUCGGAUUGUGGAAACAGGCGGCCCUCAAACAUCACUGGAAAUGCAACGCAAACUUCCAACAUUCAUUCUCGGUUACGUUGAAAAGUAUCAAGAAAUAUUUGAUGCAAAAUACAGGUGAUCAUAUCUCAGAAAAAAAAGUGGACUCACGUUGAACAUCGAAACGAGCGGUGAACUAACACGAGGGAAAUCAUCCGUACGAAGAACAUCACUUUCGGCAGAAGCACGCGAUCAUUUUCAAAGGAAAUUCAAUCAAACUCACCAUGAGCGGCGCAAUAUUGGUCAGCUGAUCGUAUAAAUGACGAGCUUCGUUCAUGUUGCAAGCUUGAAACGUUAUCUGAUGAUGAUUGUGAGCUAAAUAAAUUUGCUAACAGCGAAUGAGAAAUAACCCACUUGGAGGCAACAGCAACCUGCCCCGAACCCCAUUGCAUCCAUGAAGAUGUGAUCUUCGAUUCCCUUCUCACAACCACCCAAACCAUCAAAAAAGGUUUCAGCAAACGGCGAUGGUGUUUCCUUGUCUUGAAAAACUGAGAAGUACAACCUCUUUCGAUAAAUGAAAAAAUGCAAAAAUUGGAAGAGAAAGUUCAUUACUUGGCACAAAGAUGGACGGCUUCGCACCCCGUCUUUGGAUCAGAUUUUUGUUGAUGGUGAAAAACCUUGGGUAAAAGUUUUGAAUGACUUCGUCUGGGAAAAAGUAGGACUCACAAGUUCCUUUCCCGGGUGUAGCCGGG